AGAGCUGAGUGUGUGAGUGUGAGUGAGUGAGUGAGUGUGUGACUCGACCGUAUCACAGCAUGGCUCAGUUCCAGGAGCUCGGAGAUAAACUCCUCUUCUGCCGAGGAUACGUCUUUCCUGAAAGCCAAAAGGAAUUUCUCACGCCAGAGUACAUGGACAGUCUGUGGUCGUUCCAGAUCAGAGACGACGACGUGUAUGUCGUUACCUUUCCUAAAUCCGGUACAGUUUGGACUCAGCGCAUCAUAACGCUGCUGUACGAGGACGAGCUUCCCGAGUUUGUGGAUCAGACUACAUUUGACUGCAUGCCGUGGCUGGAGUUUCCCCAGAAGGACCAGGACCAUAGUAAUCGCCGCUCCCCCCGACUCUUCUGCUCUCACCUCCACGAGCACCUGGUGCCCCACGGGCUGCAGGACAAAGGGAAGAUCAUCUACGUGUCCAGGAACCCCAAAGACAUCAUGGUGUCCUACUUCCACUUCACUCACUUCAUGAAGAUUUUAAAGAGUACAGAGACGUACAGCGAGAUGAUGGAGAAAUUCAUCAGUGGGCGGAUGAUCGGCGGCUGCUGGUUUGAUCAUGUCAAAGGCUGGUACACUAACAAGGACAAAUACAACAUCCUGUUUCUCAGCUAUGAGGAGAUGAUCAGGGACCUGAGAGGUGCCGUGGUGCGGAUUUGUGAGUUUUUGGGGAAGAAUCUGUCGGAUGACGUCAUAGACAGCGUGGUGGAGAAAACGAGAUUCAACAACAUGAAGAAAGACCCGAAAGCCAACUACGGAUCUUUACCUGACGAUAUGGUGAAUUCGGAGAAAGGCGCUUUCCUCCGCAAGGGAACAGUGGGAGACUGGAAGAACUCUCUGACUGUGGCACAAAAUGAACACUUCGACCGUGUUUAUCAGGAACGAAUGAAAGAUUUGCCGCUGAACUUUGAGUGGGACUGAGCUACACGCAUAAAACAGACACACACACACACACACACACACACACACACACACACUUACACAUACACAGUAAUCUUGAUUGAUUUUCUAAUUCCUGCUGGAAGUUUAAAAAAAAAUAUUGUUGAAAAUGAUGAUGUGAACUUUCCUUCAUGUUUAGAUCAAAAGAACAAGCUACAGUUUAAUGAUGAAGUUGUGUAAUGUACUCAUAAACAAACACAGAAACCAAACACAUAACAACAACAACAACAAUGCUACUACUAUCACUACUACUACUACUACUACUACUACUAAUAAUAAUAAUAAUAAUAAUAAUAAUCUGAGCUCUGUCUCACAAAAAUCAUUUUGCCCCAUUAAGAUCUGAAUCAGCAGUAAACGUGUCUUUACUCUGUAACCACAUACAGGUUAUUGUACAUACUCAAUAUACACUAUAAGUCCAAAAGUAUGUGCACCCCUGACCAUCACAGUCAUAUGUGGAGUAUGAAGCACACAGUUGUAUAGAACGUCUCUGUAUGCUGUAGCUUUACAGUUUCCCUUCACUGGAACUAAGAGACCCAAACCUGUUCCAGCAUGACACACAGUGCACAGAAAGUGUGAGCUCCAUGAAGACGUGGUGUGUGAAGGUUGGUAGAAGGUGGAAGAGCUCGAGUGUCCUGCACAGGGCCCUUACCUCUACCCCAUUUUGGGAUAAACUGGAACUGGAGUCUCCUCACAUCAACCUCACUAAUGCUCUUGUAGCUGAAUGAACACAAAUCACAGCCACGCUCCAAAAUCUAGUGCAAAACCUUCCCAGAAGAGCGAGUGGAGCGCAUUAUAACAGCGAAGGGGGAAUAAAUCUAGCAUGAGAUGUUCAACAAUGACAUACGGGUGUAAUGGUCAGGAUUUCCUCCUGGAAAAAUCCAACCAGAACCCAAAAAGAAUUCUGAAUUCACAGCACUACAAGUGGCAAUUCAGAACAUUUUACAUGAAUGAUGAACACACAGACUGUACGGUAAACUGGAAAAGCAAAAAGUUCAUUUAAACUGAAAUAAAAUUGUCCUCUGAGUAUGGUCAUACAACCUCCUGUUUCGUGUCUAUUUAUUUUGUUUUUCUUAUUUUUAUUAGUUAUAAAUACUCUUCAGAUAUUCUUUGUUUUGAUGAAGUGCAUUGAGAUACUCUUUAAUACGCAAUAUAAAUAAAGCUAUUUUUCAUUACAUACA